CCCUGCCCUGCUCCCGCCACACAAAAAAUAUCCACCACGCGGAGCGAAACCUUUGCCCUCUCGCCUCGUCGCCGAACGCUAUGGCCUCCGAUGCGAGGCUCUCGCUGCCACGACGCCUCCCCUCACUCCUCCUUCGUCCAAUGCUCCGGGCGCCCUGCGCCUCCGCGUCCACCUCGCCGAGGUGCCGCAUCUUAACGGGGGUGCGACCGUCGACGCCCGCACCGAGCCGUGGCGGGAGUCGGCUGCGGCCUCGCGCCGCGGAGGCCGAGCGGCAGGGUCGGAUGCAGCGAGAAGACGAUGUGGUCGACAGCAACGUACUACCCUACUGCAACCUCGACCGGAAGGAGAAGAAGUCCAUAGGGGAGAUGGAGCAGGAGUUCCUCCAGGCGCUGCAGUCGUUCUACUAUGACAAGAAGGCAAUCAUGUCGAAUGAGGAGUUUGAUAACCUUAAGGAAGAACUUAUGUGGGAAGGAAGCAGUGUUGUUAUGCUAAGCCCGGAUGAGCAAAGGCUUUUGGAAGCCUCCAUGGCUUAUGUGGCUGGCAAACCCAUUAUGACAGAUAUCGAAUUUGAUGAACUAAAGCUCAGAUUGAAGAAAGAAGGAAGUGAAAUCGUACAGGAAGGUCCAAGAUGCAGCUUACGGAGUCGAAAGGUCUACAGUGACUUGACUGUUGACUACUUCAAGAUGUUCCUGCUAAAUGUUCCGGCGGCUGUUGUAGCUCUUACAUUAUUCUUCUUCCUCGAUGAUUUUACAGGCUUUGAGAUUACAUAUCUUCUUGAGUUGCCAGAACCUUUCAGUUUUAUCUUCACGUGGUUUGCUGCCCUGCCUCUGAUAUUUUGGGUAGCACAAGCAAUUACUAAUGCCAUAGUGAAAGACUUCCUAAUUUUGAAGGGACCAUGUCCAAAUUGUGGCAAUGAAAAUCUUUCAUUCUUUGGGACUAUUCUGUCAGUGCCUAGUGGUGGUGCCAAAAAUAGUGUGAAAUGCGCAAAUUGUGGUACUGCAUUGGUAUACGACUCUGGAUCCCGGUUGAUUACAUUGCCAGAGGCAUGACUGAAGGCGACUCGGGUGAAUCACUUAUCACCUAUUGUACAGAUCUGCUACACUAGGGCAAGUGCAUUCUGGUCACGCACAAGGGUGACGGGGUGGCAAAACUAGCCCUGUUUUCCUUUCAUGCUCGACACGGCGCUUACCACAUAGUGGUGUUGUUCGGCUAGUUGCUCCGUACUGUGGAAUUUCAAUAAAACAAUCAUUAAAGAAAUGUGCUAUGGCGUGUACAUGAUAGUUAUGGAUACUUCUGCUGUAGGAAUAUGAAAAGUUGAGAAUCAUAAUGUACCUUCUAUAAUGUACCUUCUAUAAAUACUACUACCUCUGUUCUUAACUAUAAGACGUUCUAUCUUUA